AGAUGGCAAAAAUUACACGACGUGCCGUUGCCUCGUCGUCGUCGUCAUCAUCGCUGUCGUCGGUAACAUCAGCAUCAUCAGACACUACAAGGUCAUCAACAGCAACGAGUUCUUCCACUUCAAAGGCUUCCAAAUCAACUGCUACAGCAAGCGCAACAAUAAAAACAACAACGAAUGCCAAUAAUAUUAUCGAUGAUGGUAAGCCAGCACGUUUGGCCGCAGCGGAUAUGUCGGACAAACUGGCCAUGCCACUCACUGCAUUUACUGAUCCUCCUCCACUUCGCAACAACGGCAAUGCAUCCAAGAAACGGUUUGUGGCAAACGAGAAUAACGGCUUACCCGCCACGAAUACAACGACUGAUACCGAAUCCCUAUACGACGGUACAAACGGACGGCAAAUAUUAUUCACGGGGACUGGCCGAUACAAUAAAAGUGUGAUUGAGCGGAGAAUAGAGCAAGAAGAAUUCUAUGCUACCUACGACGUGAUGACUGGUGUACGUAUUGCCGCGACGCUUAGCGGGUUUUUCGGCUUAAUGGUAUUCCUUAUAGUUUGGAAGAGUCGCAGCAGUUCCAAUGAAACGAUGAAAGUUCUAAAGGAUCCCAAAAUGGCUGCUGUCGCCGCCGUUUGUAUGCAAGAGGAGGAGGAGCGUGAAAUACAAGAGGCCAUGGUCGCAACCGGCAUGUCGAUAUAUCCGGAUGAAUAUGAUGCUAUCGUCUAUCGACGACAACGAAUGUUAUCUUUGGGCAAUGUUAGCGCACCACCUAUGCUAAAUAGAGGAUAUCGCUUCUCUUCAGUGGAUAUUCCUGCUUAUGAAACUACAGGUGGUGGUGGCUACAGCAGCUUGCUGGAGCCACCUCGACGAUUUUCCUAUUCGGCAACAUCUGGUGUCGGCAGCUUUACGGGAGGACGCCGAAAAAGUGGCUCCGAGUCAUCGCGUAUUUUGAGUAACUAUCCGAUGGGUAGCAGUUUUGGCAACGACGAUUACUUUAUUGAGACAGAGGAUGAAUUGGAAUGCACCGAUUAUCCACGUAGUGGGACACAUCUAGACGAACUGCCAGACAUGCCACAACGCACCGAUUCAACGAAGAGUAAACGUGGGUUCCUGGAAGUACCGCCUACAGGUCAAGAUUCGCGGCGUAGCAGUGCAAUGACAUGCUGCAGUACUGAAAGUUCAUACUUGGAGCGACGCUGUUCGGCAUUUACCCUAGGGCUUGGUAAUUUACCGCCGACACUUCAACGAAAGCUAUCUUCAGCCUCACGUGCAUCGAGUACUGACAAUUGGGACUACUACUAUCCGGACAUACAGGUCAUACAGCCAACACCGAAGCCUUCACCUUGCCCCUCGGAACGUAGCCUUUAUGAGCAGCUGCAGGCGCAUGCGAAUAUCACUUCGACCUCGAGCGUAAAAGUGUCCGGCAAAGGUGCGCAAGCGCCGCAAGCAAAAACACCCGUGGCCACCAUAACUACCCACAGCAAGACUGGCACUACAAAUACUGUAGUCACUGGUGAUACGAAGGUGGCUAAUAACCAGAUCGAUGCACAGAAGUUUGUGCGCAAGCACAGCAUAGCUUACUACGAUCCGGAAAGCGCACAGGCCGGACGCAAGCAAGAAAUCCACUCGAUCAGUGCCGAUACGGUGGAUAUAUAUCCUUACAAUCAGACGCUUUUCGAAAACAGCAAUUUGAUUGGUUUCGCUGAUGCUGCUAGUGCUGUCGUUGGAUCGACGUUCAAGCCGCCACUGCAGUCUGCGCCACCAACAAGCGGCCACUACGGGUUUCAUUACUCCGACUCGCCUACAGAGGAUUCCCGUGGCAGUUUGCGCGGUAAAGUUGCGGUGGUCGAACUGCAACGCCUCACCUACCCCACUGAGCAGAUGACGCCGCCAUCUAUACAAGAGCACAAUAACAACAACUUUCCGUAUUCUAGUUCCGCCGCCGCCAUAGCAGCUGCUGCCUCUGCGGCAGUUGUCACCGCCACUACGGCCAACUCCAGCAGCAUCAGCAUCGACAGUACGCCCAUUAGCUUGGAUAAAUUGAAUGGCAGUGGCAGUCUGGGCACCAUAUCAGCGAAAGCACUUUUCAAUGUAGAAAGACGCGCGCCACUUGCCUCGCUUAGUUCCUUUAAAAUCUCGUCACUAGAGUACCAAGACUCAGAAGCGCGCUCAGUUGACGAGGACUCCGUGUUCCUGGAUAGUGUGGCCGACACUGAUGAGGAUAUACAGCAGUUUAGCAGUGACAGCGAAGAGGUUAGCUUCGGUGAACACGAUCCUACUAGUAUGCGCGAGAAUGUAGCGCUUGUUGCACCGCAAAGUGGCGGUAAUGGCAGUACUGUUGAAGCGUCCGCAAUUGUGCACACCGGACCUCAACCACUCAGGUAUCCCAUCGAAAAACGCUACAGUCUGGGUGCCGGAUUCAAUGCUGGUCUCGGUGGUACGAAACUAUCGCGCGCGCGACGUCCCCUACUUCAACGUCAUCGCACAAUUAGCGUUUCGUCAAGCGAUCGUGUCGGUCUGAUCGGACAUCAGCUGAAAGAGUUUCACUAUACCGGCAGUGGUAGCCAAACACCAACCACUAUUGCGGAAUCAGUGCCACUCGAGACGCAUUUUGGAUCAGUUAUUUGUACCAGUAAUUCACCAACACAUCCACGACGUGCGCAACUGCUGCAACAGUAUAGCGAUCCACAAAGCCUGCCGACUACCACAACAACUACAGCCACCACGACAACAGACGAUUACACCUGCUCUACUUUGAAUACAGAACUUUGUGGUGGCGCUGGUGGGCAAGGACCUAGUGGUAGUGGCAGUGGUGGUGGCGGCAGUGGCGGCGGAGGUGGCUCCGCGACACUAACUCAAAACAGCAGUCUAAAUACUGUAGUCAGUUUCGGUCGCUCAAGUCCCCUAACGGACAUCAAUCAAACGAGCUGUGGUCUUAGUUCUGCUAGUGCAAAUGCUGCUUCCGCUGCUGCUGCUUCUGCUACUGAUAAUCAAUGCUAUUCCACAGAAACUCAAAAGGCUUCGAAAAAUCAAACGAACAAAACACAACCACAACUGCCAUGCUCCAGACUCUAUGAUGACCCUUGUGCCUCCUCAGUCUCGGACUCGAUGAUUAUUACUUCGACAACGCGACAGCCAAUUAUUUGCAUGCCAUCAUCGCUGAAAAACCUCAUCUUACGCGGCAGCGCUACCGCUUCUGGGACCAGCUCAGAUAAACUAAUUGACUCCCCAAGCGUUUUGGUGAGCAAAAGUGCUACCAAUUUGAGUUUACUGGACACUAAGGCGCAUAGCGGAGAGGAGCGAACUUGCCGAUCUGUUAUGCUGGAACUGCCUCUAAUAAAGUUACCUACCGAUGAGAGUUCAGAUAGUUCGACGGCAUCGGAGGACAUCGAACGGACGCAUAGUAAAAGUGAGGAAUCACGCGAACCCGGCUUGACGGGUACCAAUCGGAAAUGGUCAAAGGAAACACUGUUCUAGCUAGGAUCCAAAGCACCACGUUUAAUCUAUAAUAUGGGUUGAACGUGUUUGGCUUGAGGGCAAAAUACAUACAUACUAUACAUACAUAUGUCUCGAAAUCAAAUGCUCGAAGAAUAAUGUAUGAUACUACAUAGUGGGUAAAGAAACGCAAAACUAGAGUGAUAUGAGCAUAAGGGAUGAUA